CGCUCGCCGGGUAAGGCGCUGUUGCUAUGGUAAUCUGGGAGUAGAUCAAGGCCUAAACUUCCCGCCGUCGUAUUUGACGGAGUUGAGAAGAAAUGCCUGGGGCCAGUGACACCAUAUGGGAUAUUGCUAAAGCAGAAAUUGAGAAAAGAGAAAACAGUGAAGAUGACAGAGAUAUCCUGGAAUGUUGUGAAAGAUCAUUAUUCUUUAUAGGAAAUAAAAAUGGGGGUAAGACUAGUAUUAUAUUGAGGUGCCUUGACAGGGAUGAAAUUCCAAAACCAACCCUAGCUUUGGAAUAUACUUUUGGAAGAAGAGCAAAGGGCCAUAAUACACCUAAAGAUAUUGCUCACUUUUGGGAAUUGGGUGGUGGAACUUCAUUGUUGGAUUUAAUCCCAAUACCAAUAAUGACAGUUAACAUAAGGACAUUUGCUGUUAUUCUUGUCUUGGAUCUCUCAAAACCAAAUGAACUCUGGCCAACCAUGGAGAGUCUUCUACAAGUCACUAGAAAGCACGUAGACAGAAUUAUAUCAAAACUGGGACAAAACAGUUCCAAAAUAGCUACUGAAAUUAAGCGGAAGAUGUGGAACAAUGUGCCAAAGGAUCAUCCAGAUCGUGAGUUGAUUGACCCAUUUCCAAUUCCACUAGUUAUAAUUGGAAGCAAAUAUGAUCUGUUUCAUGACUUUGAUUCUGAAUUGAAAAAAAUAAUAUACAAGACACUUCGAUUUGUUGCUCAUUAUUAUGGUGCAUCUUUAGCGUUUACUAGCAAAUCUGAAGCUCUGUGGUUGAAAACACGUGCACUUAUCAACCACUUGGCAUUUGGCUUUGACAGAAGCAAAUCCAUGUCAGUGGACCUAAGUAAACCACUCUUUAUCCCAGCAGGAAUGGACUCUCUUAGUCAAAUAGGUCCCCCUCCUGCUGCUGAUAGUGACAUUGGAAAGUUGCAUGCACAAACCCCUUUGGAUUUAUGGAAAAAGGUUUUUGGAAAGGCAUUUCCCCCAAAGAAUGUAGGCAUUUUCAAAGAAGCUAGGGACCCAGCUCAGGAUCCGCAAUAUGCUGAAUAUGAAAUUGAUGCCAUGCGAAGUCAAAAAAAUGAGGAAUUAGAACAGUACAAAAGAAAUGCUGCUAAAACCUGGAAAGAAAUACAGUUUGAUUCUUGACUAAGAAUUAUUUACCUUUCAUCCAGCUUUCAGUUUAAACUUCUAUUUCAUACAUUUAAGUGGAUUCAAGUAAGGUUUGAACAGCUGUUAAAUAUAUGAAUGAAUUAAAAAAUAAUGUACUCUUAUUGUUGUUAAUGAUAACUGUAUGGAUUAUGCCUCCAUAAAAAUUAUUAAAAGGGUUAACUGCUUGAGAAAUAAAUGCAAAUGUGUAUGUGACAUGAGAUAAGUUGUUUCUAGAAGAGUUGAAAGGCUACCUGAAGGAUCAUCUGAACAGCAGGUUGAUGUGCUAGUGCCCUAGUGCGAGCACAGCCAGCCCAUUUCAUUCAAACCAUGUCUAUGUAUGUAUUCAUCUGUUGGCUACAUUGAAAUUAAAGUUUUAGUAAAUAAUUCCUGUAGCUGUAGAACAUCGUGGUAUACCAGCUCAGCCAGAAGCAUCCAUAUUUUUUCCAGACAUAAACACAUGCAAUAAAUGAUACAUUUUUUUAACUAUUGGACAAUGUUAAUGUAUUUAAUUCAGUUUUUCUUGCAGACUGUUUUUGUUUAAAUUGAAAAAUGCACAAAAGUGCACAGAUUUUACUGAUCUUAGCAAAAUCCUGAAAAUAAGGAAAUUCAUCUUUAUGUUUUCACUUGUUAAUAAUUUAAACCGAUUAAACUGUAUUGAAAAGAAAUAAAAGUAUUUACAUUUUAAAUAAAGACUUCAUUACAAGAUAAA